UAUUUCUAUUUACAGUAUGUCCUGAAGGAUAUUAUGGUGACCAUUGUAUGGCACCAUGCGAAUGUAAGAAUGAUAAUUUCUUUUGUCAUCCAGUAGAAGGAUGUAUAUGUAAACAUGGAUUUACCGGAGAAAACUGUGAGGAAUCUAAUAUAUUGAGCAGGAUACAUGAGCCAAUUAAUCAUGGAGGUGACUAUGGUGUUGUAGUUGCCGUAAUUAUGGUUUCAAUAAUAUUUUUAACUAUAGUAUUGCUACUUAUCUUUUACUAUAGACGUCGUGUAGCCAAUUUAAAGACAGAAAUAGCACAUGUGCAAUAUAUUGCUGAUCCAUCAGGAUUUUCACCGGAUCGUAAUCAUUUUGAUAAUCCAGUAUAUUCAUAUCAGGAUGGUACUAAAAAAGAUAGUGAACAGUUAUUGAAUAAUUCUGCAAAAAUACAUAAUAAUUUACAUAAACCAUUGAAUAUAAAUUUAGAAAGAGCUCGACUUGGUAUAGGAUGUUGUACUGAUGAAGAAGAGUUAGCCAAAGGUCUAUAUGAACCAACUAUUGAUGAAGCUAGCAAUUUAAAAAAUAGAGAUGCAGAUGCAACCAAUCCAAACAUAUAUCAUAGUAUUGAAAAAUUGGACCAUGUGUAUGAUGAAAUAAAACAGAAAGAUGUUGAUUUACAAUAUGACCAUCUAGAUUAUACGAGACCUGUAAGCACUUUGAAGCCCAAUUAUCAAAGAAUGGCUAGUCCAUUUGGAUCAAGGGAUUUAACCAAAGAUAAAAAGUCAGAGACUGAAGAUUAAUUUUGAAGUAUUUUUUGUAUUCGGCAAUAUUUAGAACAAAAUUAUGUAAUAAAUAAAUAUUUUGAUUUUUCUAGCAAUAUAGUAAACAGCUCAAAAGUUUGUUAUGUAUUAUAAAUCAAUGCUCUUUAUUUGUAUAGUUAAGGUUUUAUUUAUAAUUUCAACCAUAUUUUAAUAUAAUUUUACAUAUUGGAUAUACAUUUUAUAGAGGUAUGAAAACAAUUACUAAUCAUGUGGUUUUGUGCUAAUAAGGUAUAAUUUUAUAUAUGUACUACUUUACAAUCUAUUCACAUUUUUUGUAUUAUGUAAAUUAUAUUUAAUUCAAUAAUAAUCAUUUAGAAAACAAUGUCGGUGAACAUGUUUUAUUAUAAUAGUGGAGAAAAUUAAGAGCCGAUUUUUCUAAUUGUCAUGUAAAUUUAUCAGCAGGUGAAAAAACAGAAAAACUGCCCCUAUUUAUAAAUUGCUCAUAUCGAAUAGGUACCUAAAUGAUAAUUCAAAAUAAAUAGCUUUAAAUACAAAU